CCAGCGGGGGCGCUGUUGUCACUUUGGUUACCCAUAAGCGGGGGAGUGAGAGGUGCAUGAAAUGGAGAAAAAUGGCGGAUCAUGUGCAGGGCCUCGCCCAGCUGGAGAUCCUGUGUAAGCAGCUGUACGAGACCACCGACACCGCCGUCCGACACCAGGCUGAGAAAGCUCUGGUGGAAUUCACCAACAGCCCCGACUGUCUCAGCAAAUGUCAACUGCUGCUGGAGAGAGGCAGCUCUUCAUAUUCUCAGCUGCUCGCAGCCACCUGUUUGUCAAAACUGGUUUCUCGGACCAGCAACCCUCUACCCCUCGAGCAACGCAUUGAUAUCCGGAACUAUGUGCUGAACUACCUGGCGACGCGGCCGAAGUUGGCGGCGUUUGUGACGCAGGCUCUGAUCCAGCUCUACGCCAGGAUCACCAAGCUGGGCUGGUUCGACUGUCAGAAAGACGACUACGUGUUCAGAAACGUGAUCGCAGACGUGACACGCUUCCUGCAGGACAGCGUUGAACACUGCAUCAUAGGAGUCACCAUCCUGUCCCAGCUGACCAAUGAGAUCAAUCAGGCCGACACGACGCAUCCUCUGACCAAACACAGGAAGAUCGCCUCCUCGUUCAGAGACUCCUCGCUCUUUGACAUUUUCACGCUUUCCUGCAACCUCCUCAAGCAGGCUUCAGGGAAGAACCUGAACCUGAACGAUGAGUCUCAGCACGGCCUGCUGAUGCAGCUCCUGAAGCUCAGCUACAAUUGCCUCAACUACGACUUCAUAGGAACCUCCACGGACGAGUCGUCGGACGACUUGUGCACCGUGCAGAUCCCCACAUCAUGGAGAUCAGCGUUCCUCGAUUCCUCCACCCUGCAGCUGUUUUUCAAUUUAUAUCAUUCCAUCCCUCCAUCCCUCUCCCCACUGGUGUUGUCGUGUCUAGUUCAGAUUGCCUCAGUUCGGAGGUCUCUCUUCAACAAUGCAGAGCGAGCAAAGUUUCUGUCACACCUGGUGGACGGAGUGAAGAGGAUACUGGCAAACCCACAGUGUUUGCCCGAUCCAAACAACUACCACGAGUUCUGCCGCCUGCUGGCGAGGCUGAAGAGUAACUACCAGCUGGGUGAGCUGGUCAAAGUGGAAAACUACCCAGAGGUCAUUCGCCUCAUCGCCAACUUCACCGUCACCAGUCUGCAGCACUGGGAGUUCGCCCCCAACAGUGUUCACUACCUGCUGAGCCUGUGGCAGCGCCUGGCAGCAUCAGUCCCUUAUGUUAAAGCCACGGAGCCCCAUCUGCUGGAGACGUACACUCCAGAGGUCACCAAGGCCUACAUCACGUCCCGACUCGAGUCGGUCCAUGUCAUCCUCAGGGACGGGCUGGAGGACCCUCUGGACGACGCCGGCCUCGUUCAGCAGCAGCUGGACCAGCUCUCCACCAUCGGCCGCUGCGAGUACGAGAAGACAUGCGCACUGCUCGUCCAGCUGUUCGACCAGGCGGCUCAAACCUACCAGGAGCUGCUGCAGUCCACCAACUCGAGCGCCAUGGACAUCACAGUGCAGGAGGGUCGGCUCACGUGGUUGGUUUACAUAAUCGGGGCAGUGAUCGGAGGACGCGUGUCGUUCGCGAGCACAGACGAGCAGGAUGCCAUGGAUGGAGAGUUAGUCUGUCGGGUGCUCCAGCUCAUGAACCUGACAGACUCGCGGCUCGCUCAAGCUGGGAAUGAGAGGCUGGAGCUGGCCAUGCUCAGCUUCUUCGAGCAGUUCAGAAAGAUCUACAUCGGUGACCAGGUGCAGAAAUCAUCAAAGCUUUAUCGACGACUAUCAGAAGUUUUGGGCUUGAAUGACGAGACGAUGGUACUCAGCGUCUUUAUAGGGAAAAUUAUCACAAACUUGAAGUACUGGGGCCAGUGUGAACCAAUCACCUCCAAGACACUCCAGCUCCUGAAUGACCUCUCCUUAGGGUACAGCAGCGUAAGGAAGCUGGUGAAACUCAGCGCUGUCCAGUUCAUGUUGAACAACCACACGAGCGAGCACUUCUCCUUCCUGGGAGUGAACAACCAGUCCAACCUGAGCGACAUGAGGUGUCGGACCACCUUCUACACUGCACUAGGACGCCUGCUGAUGGUCGAUUUAGGUGAAGAUGAGGACCAGUUCGAACAGUUCAUGCUGCCUCUGACGGCGGCGUUUGAAGCAGUGGCUCAGAUGCUGAGUACAAACACCUUUAACGAGCAGGAAGCCAAGAGGACUCUGGUGGGUUUGGUCCGGGACCUGCGAGGAAUUGCAUUCGCCUUCAACGCCAAGACGAGCUUCAUGAUGCUGUUUGACUGGAUAUACCCGACCUACAUGCCCAUCCUGCAGCGGGCCAUCGAACUGUGGUACCACGACCCAGCAUGCACCACGCCAGUCCUCAAGCUCAUGGCAGAGCUCGUCCACAACAGAUCACAGCGGCUUCAGUUUGAUGUGUCGUCGCCAAACGGCAUCCUGCUGUUCAGAGAAACGAGCAAGAUGAUCACGACCUAUGGGAAUCGGAUCCUGACGCUGGGCGAGGUCCCUAAGGACCAGGUGUACGGGGUAAAGCUGAAGGGCGUCAGCGUGUGCUUUGCCAUGCUGAAGGCGGUGCUCAGCGGGAACUACGUCAACUUCGGGGUCUUCCGUCUGUAUGGCGACGACGCUCUGGACAAUGCCUUACAGACCUUCAUCAAACUACUGCUGUCCAUCCCUCACAGUGACCUGCUGGACUACCCGAAGCUCAGCCAGUCCUUCUACUCUCUGCUGGAAGUGCUGACGCAGGACCACAUGAACUUCAUCGCGAGCCUGGAGCCUCACGUGGUCAUGUACAUCCUGUCCUCCAUAUCAGAAGGCCUCACAGCGCUCGAUACGAUGGUGUGCACCGGCUGCUGCUCCAGCCUCGACCACAUCGUCACCUACCUGUUCAAGCAGCUGUCGCGCUCCACCAAGAAGCGGCCCGCUCCCAUGGCGACAGAUGACCGCUUCCUGCACAUCAUGCAGCAGCACCCGGAGAUGAUCCAGCAGAUGCUGUCCACCGUUCUGAACAUCAUCAUCUUCGAGGACUGCAGGAACCAGUGGUCCAUGUCGCGGCCUCUCUUAGGCCUCAUCCUGCUCAACGAGAAGUAUUUCGCUGACUUGAGGAACAGCAUCGUCAACAGCCAGCCGCCUGAGAAGCAGCAAGCCAUGCACUUAUGUUUCGAGAACUUGAUGGAGGGAAUUGAGAGAAAUCUACUAACAAAGAACCGGGACAGGUUCACACAGAACUUGUCAGUGUUCAGGAGGGAGGUGAACGACAGCAUGAAGAACUCGACAUACGGCGUCAACAGCAACGACAUGAUGAGCUGACAUUCCACGCGGCCGCCCACCGAGUUCGCCCGGCCCCUCGACCCGCCUCUCCACGGCCUCCUACCCCUCACCUCUCUGCAUCCCCCUCUCCCCCCCCGGGCCCGGAUGCCCAGGGAUCAUCACCCUGCCACGACACCAAUUCAGCCCUCCCCCUCCUCCUUUUUGAUAUAAGCAUAUAUAAAUAUAUACAGAUCUAUUUUAAAGCCAGCCCGCCGCGUCCGGCUCGCCUGGCUGCUCGAACAGAGGGGGGGGGAGGGAGCAUGUCUGAGCACUCUGAAUCACUGACAGGAAGUGGAGUGCGCCGCAGCCAGAAGAGGCGGCGAGGGGACGAAAGGACGAACGCCGGUAAACGUAGUAAUCCGCUUCUGCCUGCCUUGUAUAGAAACCACCCAAGAAACCAAGUGUACAUUUUCUUUCGUAACAUUUUGAACAAUGUUUAUAAUGAUCGACUUUAAAAACCCACAAAGACGAGACAACAAACCAACGUGUGAUUGAGCUUUUUACAGAGUAGUGAGUUAGUGCACAUGUCUGUCUGCGUGGGCAUGAGGCCGGAGGGUGGGCGGGGCAAGCACAGGAAGCAGGUACACACACUAACGGAAAGGGAGGCUCAGAGCAUCCAUGUUGUACAUUUUUCUCUGUCUCUGCUGCUUGAAGUGAUGUAAAUAUUCCCGAAUGACGGCCUCAGAGGGACCGUCCUGCUGCUUUUCCUCCUCGGUGUCACAAAACCGUCACAUUUUGGUCACGGCGAGGUAGAAAAACGCCACCUCCAUCCUCGUUUCCUGUUUCUCUUUGCCCAUAAACACUAACCUGGAGGUCUUUGGGCUUUUCCGUGGUGCUCGGACAAAAUUAAACACCUUCAGCAGACCAAACAUCUUUCAUUAGAGCCACUUUUAUUGUGAAGGCUCGCUAAACCUUCAGCUUAAAGUUGGUCUAAUGUCAGCAUGUUUGUCAGAGCGUCAUAAAAAUGAUUUAAAGACAGAAAUAGUGAUUAGCUCCUGUUUUUCUUGGUCACGUGACACUUUUUCUCCAGCCAUCAUUUAAAAAGAUUCAUCAAAACCCCCGUGGUUGUCGUUGUUGUUGUUGUU